UCAAGCGAAAAUUUUAUCGAUAGUAAACAAUCAACAUAACAUCAUCGCUUGAGAGAUAUCUAAAACUAUCUGCAAAAACGAGUCUCUGUAUGGGACAUUGACUUCAGUGAAACUGUUAUUGUAUUAAAACUCCUGAAUGGAUCAGUUUACUUUUUGCUUUUGUUUCUAACAAACGCUUAAACAUCUGGGAAAUAUAUUUAAAAGAAUCCGCUACAUUUACUCUAUAUGGGACAUUUACUCAAGCGAGAUACUAUUGCCGUUAUAACUAUUGAAUGGAUUAGUUUACAUUUUGUUUGUCCUUCGUCAGAGCUCAAAUAUCUGGAAAGAUACAUCAAUAAAAGUAGAAUUGCUAUAAAAUGAAUAGCUUUCAUAACGGGACGCUAGCGGUGGGGUUUUAUUUAUAAUGGGAUAUUCCAGCACGUGAGAACUACCGUAUAGAGUAUGAAACGAUCGAGAUCAUUAAAAGCUACCAAUACAUUGUUUUGAAUUUGAUCGCAAAGACGGGCGCAUGUGUCAUAACAAGGAUACGGUUAUGUGUGAUUUCUGUUUUGUGGCAGCGUGGUAUUAUAUGUAUUGAAUAUCAAUUAUCAAGAUAUUCAACCACAGCAAUUAUUAUUCGCUUUUCCUUUAUCUGAAUGUCCAAUUGCAGAGAUUAUCGACCUUAACGUUUUAUACUGGCAGGAAUAGACUGUGCACUUAUCUACGUAUUUAGUUAUGGAACUAGUCUAGAAUUACUAUUAGAGCAGAACCAGUCAAGCCUUAGUGAGAGGAAAAAAAAAUAAUACAGUGCACUCGUUUACAUGUGUGCGUAUGUGUUUUUAAAUCGGAGUGGCUCUUAACGUAUUUCAAAAAUAGAUUGUUUUACAAAGUUUGGAGAAUGAAGGAAGUUAUAGUUUCUUGCUCAAUUAUCGGGGAACCUAAAUAUAGUAACGAAACGGUUGAACGAAAGUCGCGGGUUUCUUUGCGUCCAUUUUUAUGGAUUUCUAAAUAGAUUAUUGAGAAAUAUAAAAAGUAUGCACCUGAAUGAAUUCAAUAUAAAGUUAUACUUCGUGUGAAAAAAUGUCCAUGAAUUUAAUUUCUGUUGAUAUAUUUUACUGGAAAUAAUUUUUAAGGCUCGCUCAUAUUACAUUUCUAUGAACUCACAACGUUCUUGACAUAUUAUUUAAUUUCCGGAUAAAAUGUUCAAUUUCAUUGAAUGUUUCUUUAAAUGGCUUGGAAUCUGUUGCAGAAGGUUUUAAAAUUGGAUUCAUAAAAUAGAAAUAUUGCAAAUUAAUAUCUUGUAAACACCUGCUAUAUAUGUAAGAGUUUAUAUGAAACAAUGUCCAGGAUAAUUAUAAGACAUAUUUCUUUCUUUGAAUAAAGGUGAAUAAAUAGAAAACGCAUUACCAGUUCAUUCUCGGCAAUACUGAAUAUUGUGAUUCUAAAACAAAAAAUUUUCAGAAGAGUGAUAUUUUCGAGAGGCAUUGUAUUGUUGUGAUGAGACAUUUUCCAUAGGUAUUCAGUUGUGUCGACAGCGAUAUUUUCCAUAGUGUUGACAGUCAUAUCUUUAUAAAGGGAUUGCAUGCUGCCGGGAUCUUUAGGAAUACAUUUAUGUAUGCUGUAUUUUGUUGUCCAAACUGGAACAUAUUGACUUUUAUUGUCAAUUUAUGAGAGUGCCUUAUUUGCACAGAACAUACCGACAGGCAUUCGCCUGUUUUGCAUUUUUUGUUUCUUCUGGACAUUCGACGAUCUACCGUAGUUGUUCGUAGUAAAAUAAAACCUUCUAGUUCUUCAUGCUAAUAGUGGACGGACUUGGAUGAAAUUUACUCCGAACUGGAAAGCGCUUAGAAAAAGACUCAGGGUCGAGCUUGACGAUAUGCACGAAUAUUCGAAGCUUGACAGUGUAUUGGGGAGUUUUGCGACUUACGCGCGGCUAAAGGGCCGAUACGAUGACGACUGGAUUGACCGCUUAAACCAUCUCUAUACGACAAUCAUAUUCAUCAUCUUCACUAUCGUGGUCAGUACGAAGCAGUAUGUGGGCGAACCCAUUCAUUGCUGGUGCCCGGCGGAGUUUACAGAUGCUAUGGUGGACUACACAAAUAACGUUUGCUGGGUGUCAAACACGUAUUUUGUGCAUUUCGAUAAUGAUAUACCCAAGUACGAUUACACGAAAAAAGAGACGGAAAUUGGUUACUACCAGUGGGUCCCGAUGAUUCUUCUCUUCCAGGCAUUGUUAUUUAAGAUACCGUGUAUAUUGUGGCGUAUACUAACAGCGUCGGCUGGAGUCAAUUUGGACAAAAUUGUCACAUUAGCGGCGGAGACCCAGUACAUCUCUCCGGAAGAGCGUGAGAGAACUAUUCGACAUAUCGUAAAAUACAUGGACCGUUGGCUUGAAAAUGCGCGGGAAUAUAGAUCAGGCUGCUUCAUUAGGUUGCGGCAGACGAUAUCAAAAUUUUGUUGUAUAGUUUGUGGCAAGCGUUAUGGAAACUACCUGGUGACUAUUUAUAUGUUUAUAAAAUUAUUGUAUAUGACCAACGCUGUUGGGCAAUUGUUUAUAUUAAAUGAAUUUCUCGGGACUAAUUAUAACGCGUAUGGAUUUGAGGUUAUGGGAAAACUUUCACGUGGAGAAGACUUUGAAGAAAGCCCACGUUUUCCCCGCGUGACAAUGUGUGAUUUUAGCAUACGUCAACUACGUAACGUUCAACAGUAUAGCGUACAAUGUGUACUACCUAUAAACCUAUUUAAUGAGAAAAUUUUCAUGUUUAUUUGGUUUUGGUUGGUGGCAGUGUCUGUUUUAAGCACUGCAAACUUUCUUAUAUGGGCCUAUAUAAUGAUAUUCAGACAGCACCGAAUUCGCUAUAUGAAGAAAUUCUUGCGAGUCAAUGACUGUUAUAAGUCGGAACUUGACAAGAAAAUGGCUGUGAAAUUUUGUGAACAGUAUCUACGCCAAGACGGAAUAUUCGUCCUAAGACUUGUGGGUAAAAAUGCAAAUGACGUUUUAGUGUCAGAGUUAAUUGUCCAAUUAUGGCACUAUUACCGGAAUAAACCUUUAUUCAAACACGCAACAAACCAAAUAUCAGACGACAAUUCGAACGUCUGACUAACCGUUCGAAAAAUUCUCGGAAUUCUAAAAGCUCAACAACACUUUCUAAGUGAGAAAACGCAAGCGGAACUAAAUGAAUUGAUCGAAAACGACCGAUACAUUCCGAAUGGUGGUGUUGUGCAUUCCAGUUUCUCGGAAACGGAAGUUUAGAUGUCUCAUAGGUGGCGCUGUGAUAGCAAAAUGGCGUCUGUAGCUUUUGUUUAUAUUCUCUUGCAACCAAAGAGAAAGUGCUAGCUUUAGUGAGGUUAUUCAAAUGCAUUUAUUGUAAAUAAGAGUGCAAUAUUGUAGAUAAACACCUAAACAAAAUCCCAUGUAGCAUCCUUCAGUUGACUGUCCCGAAAACGUGUUCGUUAAUCGUCAUGUACAAUGUGUAAAAGUCAACAUUUCAGAGAAAAACAGACAAUUACAUAACCUACUAUGUACUCGUCUUGGCCUACAGACGCUUGGUAACCGACAACAAACAGAGGUUAUCAGUAAGAAAACGCAGAGCAGAAUGAAUAGGUCCAGUGAGUUCAACACGUAUGGAUUGCGUUCUGAAGUUAGUCCCAAAGAAGUACACACACAAAAAUUCCCCGGAUGAAAUCCUCAAGCGCACACAUAAGCCGUUGCGUUUUAAAAGGAAUAUCCAUUUAAAAUCUUUAAUCGCUUGGAACUGAAAUACUACUAUAAAUCUUCUUUUUUUUUAACUUCUCUUAAAGAAAACUGAAAUGUUUAAAUGGUAGUAUCACUUAGGCAUAUGAUUCUGGAGUAAAUGGUUCGUGUGCACAGGGGAUUUUGUCCAACAUUCGGUCCCAUAGUGUGACGUAACAAUUUCGGUUAUCGUAUAAUUCUGUAUUUAUGCAAAACACAAGUGUCUGGUCAAAGACAUCAGAACAGAAAUAUGCAGGAGUGCACGUGCAAUUUAUGACAACUGUGUACAAAGUAUUCCAAAUGUAGAUUAUACAUGUAUUGUAAAGUAAAAUAUGCACAUAUUAACGCAUAUCAUGUAUACCGUAAUUUCCAGGGGUGCAGUCGUGUCGUAUGAACCAGAGGUGGCGAGAUAUACACAUUUUUGUCUCUUUCUCUUUUGAAAUUUGUAUGCUUUAACAGAUCGAUGAAUAAAUAAAAGGCUCCGGAGAACUAUUUUCUGUAACACUUGUACGAAAAAGAAACAGCAAAAUUCUGUACAAUUUCUUAUUCAAUUUAUGAAAAACAAUGGGAAAAUAUCAUGUUACAAACUAAUAUGAAAUUACAUCCUUGACAACUAAUUACAGUUGUUUCAAGUAUACACAUCUUAAGUGUAUAAUAAGUAUAUGUAUCCAUAACAAGAUAAAGAAAUGUUACAUUGCCAAAUUUGUAAUCACAUUUAAUGCAUCAAGAAUGUCUUUUUUUUUAAUUUAGUAUGAAAGUUAGGCUAGGUCCAGAAUUUUUCAAAAUCUAGAAAGUUAAUGUUCCUAUUCUUAUUACACUCUUUAUCAAAAAUAUAUGACGCGCCAUGAUGGACCCUUAAAAGCCUAUUCCACACAAUGUAUACGCACAGCUCCACCCCUGUUAACUUUAUAAAUUUUAGUUCAUUUUUCAGAGAACGACAUCGGAUAUUUUAUCUCAUUUUUGCAACGUCAUCAGUAAAAUAUCAUAACAAUAAACCCAAAGAAUGAUAUAAACUCAAAGACAUAAUUUUUAAUUUACACCAGAUCCAUUUUGUAAAUGGUUCAAAACUGGCUCCAUUUUAAGUAGUGUGUACAGACAUUCCGAUCCACCACAAAACAUUUAGAAUUUAUUUAUGGUAAGAAAUCAAAUAUUCAAAAAUAUAUUAUGGUCGAAACUGUUUGAAUGAAAUCCAUUUAACUUUUUUUUUGGUGCCAAAAGGUUGUAUUAUGUUUGAAUGUGUAUCUUUUACUAAAAACAUUUAAGAUAUUUUAUUGCUCUCUAUAGUCAUAAAAAUCAUUUCGAAGGUUUGGCUUCACAAUGUUGUACUUUCCAUGGCAAGUGUAUAAAUGUCAAAUGUUUUAAAGGUACACUAUGUUCAAUUUUUUGAAAUUGCAUUAUUAACGGACUUACCCUAUUUGGGACAAGAAAAGGAAAAUAAUCAAAUACGCUCCAGGGAGAUUCGAUAAAAAAUAAAAUCACGUAUAAAUUAUGCAGAGAAAAUCUCUUUACCAUUUUAUCCUGUUAGGCACGGCUUAAAUGUAAUGAACAAAGCUGAAUUUUGAACAAAGCUGAACUUUGAAGCGUUUAUUAAAACAAAUGUCAAUUUGAAUGAUUUUCUUUUAUGAUUUUAAUACUUUUUUCGUAUGUUUUGAAAGAUAAGAUGUUUUGCAUUUUAUAUGGAAAAUAGCCGACUUAAUUACGUGGCAGUUGUGUGAAUAAGAAAGCCGUUAACUGUUUUUCAGUAUUAUUCGUAAUUACUUUUAAACAUCUGGGAAUCACAAACCGUACCGACCCUUCAACAUUUUUGUCACAGCCUGUGUAACUAUGUGUCAUUUAACACGAUCUAGUGUUAUAUGUGAUAGAAACAUUACAAAACAACAUAAUUAUUAUUACGACAGUUCUAAUUUCAAACGUCAAAAGCAGCAAUAAAAAAUUGAAUAUAAUGAAAUAUACAUCUGCUGUAUAUGUCUGUGGUAAAAAAAAAUCUCAAAUUCAUACGAAUUUCCGCUUACUGACAGGGAACUAGCUAGUAUUUCCGUGUUGCGACAAAUGGGUCCUUAACAAAAAAAUUGAAUUACAUCAAAUAGUUCGAUAACAAGCGGCGAUUGUGGACACCUUUUUCAAUUUUAGAUAUGGUUUUCAGUAACUUGCUUUAUAACAAGUCAAUAAUUCAUAUAGAAUAUUUAGAUAAUAUCCGAGUAAGAAAUUUAUUAUUGUUCUCUCGUUGUUUAUAGCACAAAUCGCUGACAAAUAAACUACAUGUAUAAUCUUCAA